CUUUCCAGUCCGAAGGCUGGAUCUCCCACGUUGCCAGGGCCAGAAGAGCCCACGGUGGCCGGACAAGCCAUGGCUCCGCGGGCUGCAGAGACGCAAGGCACGGAGACCGCGCCGUCCUCGAACUUCACCCCAGGCGAGGCCCUGGAGCCCAAGGGCGGGCGAAAAAGGAGGGCUCAGGGGACAGAAACCUGACGCUUCCGCCUCCUCCCCGCGGUGGGCAAGCCGCGAUCCUGGGAUGGAUCGUCAGCACACCCAGCGCGCUGCGCAUGUUUGGGAGCGAGGCGCCACGACACCAGCGACAGCCGGGGACCGCAGAGCGGGCGACGGCGGCCGAGGAGGCCCAAACCCAAGGCUUCGGCAGAUCAGGGUCCGCACUGACGGGACCUGUCGAUUUCUCUUUGGGCUGUCAGAAGGUGGAGGAAAAGAUGGGCUGGCAACAAUCUCUGCAAGAAUCAGAUGUGUCCAAAGUCCGCACCAUUUACCUCAAUGAACCCCUUAGGAACAGUUUCUGCAAAAACUCAAUCAGCACAGCCAAGUACAGCAUGUGGUCAUUCCUCCCUCGAUAUUUGUAUCUGCAGUUUAGCAAAGCUGCUAAUGCUUUCUUCCUGUUCAUUACUAUAUUGCAGCAAAUUCCAGAUGUAUCUCCAACGGGAAAAUAUACAACUCUUUUGCCUUUGAUGAUUAUUCUUAUGGUUUCUGGCAUCAAAGAGAUUGUAGAAGAUUAUAAACGACAUAUGGCAGACAAAUUGGUUAACACAAAGACCACGAUAGUGUUAAGAGAGAAUGCAUGGAAAAUGGUUAUGUGGAAAGAGGUAAAUGUGGGCGACAUUGUGAAGGCCUCAAAUGGACAGUUCCUUCCUGCAGACAUGGUUCUGAUUUCUUCUAGUGAACCUCAAGUAACCUGUUACGUUGCAACCUCUAAUCUGGAUGGGGAGACAAAUCUAAAAAUAUGGCAGGCUUUGUUAGAAACAGCUGAAAUGCAAACAGAAAAACAAUUGUCAAGUCUAUCAGGAAAAAUAGAAUGUGAAGGACCUAAUCAUCAUUUCAAUACGUUCAUUGGAACCUUGUAUCUAAAUGGUAAAAGCCCUGUUCCAAUUGGGCCUGAUCAGAUCUUGCUAAGAGGUACACAACUUAAAAAUACUCAGUGGAUCCUUGGUAUAGUUGUUUACACUGGAUUUGAAACCAAAUUCAUGCAGAAUUCUAUCAAAUUGCCUCUCAAGAGAUCAAAUGUUGAGAAGGUGACCAGUGUGCAGAUCCUGGUGUUGUUCCUGCUGCUCCUGGCCAUGUCCUUGGUGAGCUGUUUGGGAGCCAUACUCUGGAAUCACUGGUACGGAGAAGGCAUUUGGUACAUCAGGACGAAGGAUUACAGCUCCCACAGCUUAGGGUUUGACUUAUUGGUGUUCAUCAUCCUGUACCACAAUCUCAUCCCCAUAAGCCUGCUGGUCACUCUGGAAAUUGUGAAAUAUGUUCAGGCCAUGUUUAUAAACUGGGAUGAAGAUAUGCAUUAUAAAGGAAAUAAUGUCUAUGCCAUGGCCAGAACAUCCAAUCUUAAUGAAGAGCUUGGGCAGGUGAAGGCCCCUUCAGACACUGGGUCCGUGAAAGGAACUUUGAAGAAGGUGGAUCUAGGGAGAGGUCUGUCACCCUCUGUCAUCACAGAGUCCUGCGAAUUUAAUGACCCAAAAUUACUGCAGAACUUUGAAAAUGGCCACCCCACAAAAGAUUAUAUAAAGGAAUUUCUUACCCUGUUAUGUGUGUGCCACACUGUUGUUCCUGAGAGAGAUGGAAAGGAUAUAAUCUACCAGGCUUCCUCCCCAGAUGAAGCAGCGUUAGUGAAAGGAGUGAAGAAGCUUGGCUUUGUUUUUACUACAAGAAUGCCAACCUCUGUCACUGUAGAAGCUAUGGGAGAAAACUUCACAUUUGAAAUUCUUAAUGUCCUGGAGUUUUCUAGUAAUAGAAAAAGGAUGUCUGUAAUUGUCCGAACUCCUACAGGAAAUCUCCGGCUCUACUGCAAAGGGGCUGAUACAGUGAUUUAUGAGAGACUUUCAGAAGAUUCUCGCUUUAUGAAGGAGACAUUAACCCACCUGGAAUAUUUUGCCAAAGAAGGGCUGAGAACUCUCUGUGUUGCCCAUGCAGAUUUAACUGAGGAAGAAUAUCAGCAGUGGUUGAUGCAGUAUAAAAAAGCGAGUACAGUUAUCCAAGACAGAAUGCGGAGUUUGGAAGAAUGUUAUGAUAAUAUUGAAAAGAAAUUUCUGCUUCUUGGAGCCACAGCCAUUGAAGAUCGCCUUCAAGCAUGUGUUCCAGAAACGAUAACAACUUUACUGAAAGCAAACAUAAGAAUAUGGGUUUUGACAGGAGAUAAACAAGAAACUGCAAUUAACAUAGCAUAUUCCUGUAAACUGAUAUCAGCUCACAUGCCUCAUAUUCGAUUGAAUUCAAACUCAUUUGAGGCAACACAACAAGCAGUUACUCAGAACUGUGAAGCUCUCGGAACCCGGAUAGGUAAAGAAAAUGACCUGGCCCUUAUCAUUGAUGGUGAAACACUGAAGUACGCCCUCCAUUCUGAAAUUAAGAGGAGCUUCCUCAAUUUGGCCCUCUCAUGUAGAGCAGUAUUAUGCUGUAGGUUAUCUCCCCUCCAGAAGGCAGAAAUAGUCUACUUGGUUAAGAAGCAUGUAGGGGCCAUCACUCUUGCCAUUGGGGAUGGUGCCAAUGAUGUUGGGAUGAUCCAGAUGGCCCACGUGGGUGUGGGAAUCAGUGGGAAUGAGGGCAUGCUGGCCACCAACAGCUCAGAUUAUUCCAUUGCACAGUUUAGCUACUUGGAGAAGCUUCUGUUGGUUCAUGGAGCUUGGAAUCAUUUUCGAGUGACGAAAUGCAUAUUGUAUUGUUUCUACAAAAAUGUAGUGUUAUACAUUAUUGAGCUUUGGUUUGCCUUUGUUAAUGGAUUUUCUGGGCAGAUUAUAUUUGAGCAUUGGUUCAUAAGCUUGUACAAUGUGAUUUUCACUUCAUUACCACCUUUUACUCUGGGGAUCUUUGAACAGUGUUGCAGUCAGAAGAGCCUGCUUACAUAUCCACAGCUCUACAGGAUUUCUCAGGCAGGGAAUACUUUCAACACAAAGGUGUUUUGGUUUCAGUGUUUAAAUGCUUUGAUCCAUUCCUUCAUUCUUUUCUGGAUGCCCAUGAAAAUGCUGGAGCAUGAUAUGGUCUUACAAGGGGGUCACACUACAGACUAUUUGUUUCUUGGAAAUUUUAUUUAUACGUAUGUAAUUGUUACUGUCUGUCUGAAAGCUGGUUUGGAGACACUAUCUUGGAAUAAGUUUAGUCAUUUGGCCAUUUGGGGAAGCAUACUUAUAUGGCUGGUGUUUUUUGCAAUUUACUCUUUCGUAUGGCCCACAAUUCCUAUUGCUCCUGAAAUGAGAGGACAGGUCAAUAUGGUCCUGGCUUGUCCACACUUCUGGCUGGGUUUUUUCAUAGUCCCCACUGUGUGCCUGAUUCUAAAUUUAAUAUGGAAAUCGAUUAUAAAUACCUACAACAGAACAUUACUAGAAGAGAUUCGGGAGAUGGAAAGUAGCAGAGCUCAAGGACUUUAUCCUCCUACAAUGUUUAAAAGGAGGUACUUCCAUACUUUCCAUGAUUUCCCCAAGCUUAUUAGGCACCUGUCAAACAGGCGUCUUGAACUUCAUAUCCCCAACAGCACAGGCCCCUAUUCUGCCACACCAGCUUCCCCUAAGGUCCUCCUUUCAGUGGAUGGCAACUUCAUUCUUCCAGUUUCUCAGGCCAAAAAUCUUGAGGUCACUCUCACAUCCUCUUUCUGCUAUCCCACACCCAUCGUGUCAGAAAAUCCUAUUGUUCCUACCUCAAAGUAA